AUGGCUGAUGAUAUCAGCUGCGAGCUGGUGCACGCGGCGAAGGCUGUUCGCGAGCAGCAGGCUGAAGGGGUAAUGGUGGAGGUGGAGGCGCCUAAGGCAUACAAGUACCUUGUGUGGGGCACAGUGAGUGAGUGCGCGCGAUAUUUGGUUCGAAGGGCGCAGGAGAAUAGAGAAGCGGCGUCCAGAACGGAGGAUACGCGGAAGGCCAUGGCGAAGGAGCUGCGGAGGAGAUUGGUGGGUGGGACGUAG